CUUUCUACAGCGUGUACAGCGUGGGCGCCAAUUGUAGGUUUUGCGGGUGUCGCAUCCGCAGUCGUUUUUGCCAACAUGGGUGGUGCCUACGGAACAGCAAAAGCUGGACAAGGUCUAAUGGCAAUGGGCGUACACUCUCCCGAUCAGCUCAUGAAGAACAUUAUUCCAAUUGUCAUGGCCGGGGUACUCGGUAUUUACGGCCUGAUCGUUGCGGUGAUUCUCAACGGAAAGUUCACGACACCCGAAGCCGGAACUGGCUACGCCACAUACUCCCAAUAUUCCGCAUUCUCUCAUUUGGCAGCUGGUCUCUGCUGCGGACUUUGUUCACUGGCUUCCGGUUUGGCCAUUGGGAUCGCCGCCGACGCCGGUACACGAGCCGUCGGGGCGCAGGCUUCCAUGGCGGCUGGAGACGCCUUGUUUGUGGGAACUGUUCUGAUUCAAGUUUUCGCUUCCAACUUGGGUCUCUACGGACUGAUUGCUUCCCUUAUAUUAACACAGACUGACUACCACUGUGAAUCCGGGAACAACUGA